AUUUCUUGUAUCUUUAAACAGAUACUAAAAAAACUAUCAGGAUGCAAUUACUAUCAAUUCUUGCUCUAGCGACUUCGGUUGCCGCUGGAGUGCCUAGGGACACAACUAUAGCAUAUGUGUGGGAGGUCUUGAAGUGGCAAGCUGGAGAGUCUCACGGUAACCCUACAGCUCCGGUUACAGGAUGGUUCAACUUCAACGUGUCCGGGCCCAGGUACGGUGAAGUUUCGACACACAUACCACCCUUCUUCGCCCAUUGCGAAGGGACCGCAGACGGUAGUCCCCUUAGCUCAAACCUUACAGUAUGCAGCUUGGACAAAGUCGAAGGCGGUGCCCCUGAUGCUGCCGUGCUAGCGAGGGUACUUCCCGUUCAAGACAUACAGGUACACAUUGCCAUUACCUAUUUGUUUCAUCCCGAAGACCAACCUAUCACGCCGCGGAACUUUACGGUCAUUGUAGUGCAAGAUUGGGCCAGGGAGAGACCUCCCCAUAAUUUCACUGUUCAUCCUGACGAGAUUGUUUAAACCCAAGUCUAUAUUACCUAACCCAUGUCUAAACAAACCCUAUUACUGUGUUUACGAAAUACGAAACGAAAUGUACCUACCUACGCGCGUGUAUGUUUUUUGAGGCUGAGUAGCUUAACACGGUUUACUCAUCCUGUUAUUGCCCUUCUCCUUCUCGGCGAUCUCCAUCCGAACUCCCCCUUUACCUGACAUGUAGAAACGACAUUAACUCCUCAAGCUGUUCUUCGUCAAUCGUAAACUCGAAUGAAUCCCUUACCCUCCU